AUGGACACAGACACAGGCAUGCACCAAAACCAACACAACAACCAACAGUUCAAAAUCCAGCACCACAACAACCAACACAACAACCAACAGUUCAAAACCCUGCACAGCAACCAACAGUUCAAAACCCUGCACCACAACAACAACCAACAGUUCAAAACCCUGCACAACAACAACCACAAACAGAGCAAGGACAUAAAAGAAGUAGAGAAAAAGGAAACCAAGAAUUCUUAA